AUGGUGCACGACAUGAACACCACCGAUCGUCUGGAGCAGUUUGCAGUCUCUGGCCUCUUCAGCAACACUCAUCGCCCGGAUUACGGUGGCAAUUUGUUCUACACAAAUAUGAUCAUUCCGCUAUUUCAUACCUAUAACACGAAGCCUGCAGAGGGCGAACAGGCAGAGUCCGCGACAGUUUGGUCUUUUCUCCACUACAAGAAAGGCGGAAAGAUUAAGCAAGAUGAUAACGGAGGUUUCGCGAGAGACGAGGAAGACAUCACACAAAAGGUGUACUGGCAUGUUUUGACCAAGUGGCAUGCUAGAGAAUUCGAGGCGCCUGUCAAGGCGUACGUAAAUGCGCUCACGAUCGAUGGCAUACUUGACGAUCAGCCGGUGUUCAUACCAACACCUGAGCUUGUAGUGCGUUACAACGUGAGCGAGACUGACAACGGCGUCUGGUGCCAUAACAGCGGAGACGCGAACAUCGAACAGUACGGUCAGGAUAGCUUCCUCUUCUGCCUCCUCGCCAUCGGCUACCUUGCUCUUGAGAUGGACAAGGAUCCAUCUGUAGAAGAAAAGAUCACACCCCCUUUCAACACCCAACAUCUCGCUUUGCGCCAGGUGAAUAACGCCGGUGCAAAUGCUCCAGGGCAGGUUAACGUAUCGGAUGCGGAGAGGGCUGCUGCGAUACUUUUACUAGGCAUCCGAGAUGUCUUCAAGCACUCAAGAAUUGGGCUGUUCGAUCCGGCUCAGAUUGAAAACAACCCAGCUGAUGCCGAGCUUGAUCUCGACAUGACAGCCGAGGACAAUAACAAUCGUUGGGCUAAAGCCUCGGCAGAGUGGGUUCGAGGUCUGAGUGAUAUGCUUCGAUUGUCGGCCAAGAUGAGCUUCGGUGGCCCAUACAACAGCGUCGAGGAUGCUGCUGAAGGGGGCGACGGAGACGAUGACAAUAACGAUAACGGAAGUGACAACGGCAAUAACGGCGGCGAGCCAUUGGGAGUUGGAGGUGGAAGUGAGAGCAUUGACGAAAGACCAUUCGAGAAGCCACAAGAUGAGGCGCCUGAGAAACAUCACAGCAAUGCUGAAGACACUGAGCUCUCGAGGCCAGUAGGGCAUGAACCUGUUCGAGACCACCAGAAUGCUCACCACAAGGACGAAACGACCGAGCGAAAAGCCAUCCAGGAAGACAGCACCAAGCCAGGGCAUAUGCAGUCGAUGACCGUAUCACCCACAAUUAUUCAGCCAAAAGGGCAAGGAGCUUCUGAAAUAGCCCCAUCUUCACCCACAUGCUCUGGCUCUGAAGAAUUCAUCCAGACGACAUACCCUUCGUCAAACGAUGCCGUGGCAGAAGUGUCUCCAACAUUGCACGUGGAAGAAGGUACCAUGUCGCACUCUGGCGGUCACGCGAAGACCCGAAAACGGACCAGAGAUUCUCUCUUUUCAGAGAGUAGCGAGGACGAGGAAGAGCAGGCAGCGAAGAAGCCAAAGCUCUUUGGCCGAUCCAGUCACGCGGAGGACGGCAAGGGCCAUAGCGAGGACAAGUCUUGGGAAGGAUUCGAUGACGAAGUUGAGGCUGCCAUGAAGUAUGUCCUCAAUGAGAGCUCUGAGAAGGAAUAUACUGACAGUUCCGAAGAUGAAAAGAUUGAGGAGGAGGGGGGAAGGGAGAAGAGGGAGGAAGGAAAAGAGCACGACGAAGACGAGGAAGAAAGUGAGGAGGCGGAAGACGCGGAGCGCGAACCUUUCAAGGCACCUCAGAUCGGUACAGAUGACGAGGAUAUCGAUAUGGAUUCUUACGCCGCCGAGCGCAAGCAUCGCUAUUUGAUGUAUCACAAGCCUGACAGGAACGUGGAGUACAUCCCCGAUCAAAACAUGUUAUACGCGUCAAUCUAG